AUGGAAGAAAUUGACAUAUGGGAUUCUCUUCUUAGAUGGCUUUUUGUUCAUUACUUAAAAAUCAAUAAAGAUGAAUCUAAGUGGUCAUCAGAAGAUUUGGUAAAUGUCAAACAGACUAUAAAAGAAUACAUUCCAUUAAUCAGAUUCUAUGAUAUUUCCAAGGAAGAUUUUUAUCUAAAA